ACUUUCAGUAAACACUAGCACUAGGCAAAUAAAAUGUUCCCAGUUUUGCAAUGUUAAUGUUUUCUAGUUCACUGAGAAAUUAGGAUUUAACCGGUUGUUUGAAUUGGGGCGCUGAUUCACACACAUCAGAAGGCAUUAAGGGACAAAGUUCAGUGAAAAACGAUACUGUUAAACCAUUCAGCCACUUGAAAUUGGCAUUUUUCUCUUAGUGUCGAUGGGAUAUUCAAGGUGCCCAGCAAAUAAAAGCAACAGUAGGACUCAAUACGUAGAAGAAGCCCUGCUGAAACACCUAACGACAUAACCUUUUGAAGGUAUUUGACUUUGCAUCUUGCCUAGAGAAUUCUGAGAAGCCCAUUCAGAUACGAGUUCUUUCUCACCAAACGAUUCACCAAAACCCUUCUUCUGGUGUUAUUUUUAGAUUCCGGCCUCAGCGUUACCUUUCUUCUUUCACGUGCAAUAUUGCACAUUUCUUCUCAUUUAUCUCAGAUGUUGCGUUUAAAUUCCUAAAAUUACUGGAACAAAAUUUUUUUAAUUUAUCGAAAAUAGAACUAUAAAGUGCUUGGGCAAAGCUCAAAGAUGUGAGUUCGGGAUUAAUUUGCAAAAACAACCAAAAACCCAAUUUUACACUCUUCAACUUCCAAGUCUUGUAUUUUGGUAAUUUUGAUUCACGUCCUUAAAAUUCCCUGAUAAAACUCCCUUGUUGGAGACAUUUUUUGAUCAUAUAUUUUUGCGUCUUCACUUUGCUACCGGCGGGUUGAAAAAAACAUUCAAUAACUUCUAGAAUCGCUUUAUGAAAAUGCCUCUUGCGAAGCAUUCCAAUUUUAAAGCGGUUUUCCUUUUUAAUUUAAGUGUAUAAUUAAGUCAGUUAAGGCACAUAUAUUUUCCUAUAUCUGCAAAAUUUGUUCGCAAAUACACUUUCACAAUUUUUUUAAUUUCUGGUCUUUUUAAUAUACUUUUUGACAUUAAAAACAUCGCUUGAGAAAAGCGUGGAUUAUGAUCGAUUUUAACUUGGUAUUUUGAAAAUUGCCCACAGGAAAAGAUUGGCUGUUCAUUCACAUAAAUUUAUUCAUACCUACCUGCAUUGACAAAAAAAUUAAAUUUAUUUUGAAUUGCGGUUUACUUCAACGUUCAGGUAUCGUUCUGUUGUUAUUCAUUUUUGUGCUUUCAGCUACGAUUUUUCAUUUAGCUCAUUUUUUCGCUGUUUUCUGAAUAUUUACUAGGUUUGACUUAAAAUGUUUCAGUAAACCUGAUUUACAAACACUUGUUUUUCAAUACAAAUGUAAAAUGCAUAUUUCAAUUAGCAAUUAGUUCUAUUUUUCAAUUCACUCUUAAGGAAAACUUCCAAACCGAACUAAGCCUAAAAUUUGCAAAAAUCAGCAUGUUUUCAAUUCUUUUUGAAAUUAGUUUUUUCAAAUUUCCUGUUAUUACAGCCCUGCCCAUUGAAGUAGUCUUUCUAGGUCAAAAUAUGUAUAAAUACUAGGUAAACAAUGGGGGGAAAAUAUAUAAAUCAAAGCGAGUCUGUAUGAGCAAUAUUCACUAAACAAUUCUUCAUGAACGGUUUAUACUUACUGAAAAACCAAAAUGUCCUUUGGAAUUUUAAUUUUAUUGCUUUGUGGGGCUGCUAGCAGUUUGCUAAGUUCCAGUUUUGACUCUGAAUGGGAGCAAUUCAAGACUUUGCACAAGACAUCCUACCAAAACAACUCACACGAAAUGACCCGAAGGGAAAUUUUCGAAGUAAACCUCCAAAGAAUUCAUCAGCACAACGUCCUCUAUGAACAAGGAAUGAAGAGCUACAAGCUGGGAGUUAAUCCUUUUGCGGAUAUGACUUCUGAAGAGUUCAAGAACUUCUUGACCUUGAAGCAGAGCUCCGCAGAAGAAAGAUCAGCCAGAAGUUUAUUCCUCGUUCCUAGAAACAAAUCGGCAAUUCCCCCAAGGGUUGAUUGGCGGCGGAAAGGAGCAGUUACUCCAGUGAAACAGCAAGGAAGCUGCGGAUCUUGCUGGGCAUUUUCAGUGACAGGAAGCUUGGAAGGGCAAUAUUUCCUCAAACAUGGAACUCUCCUUUCUUUCAGCGAACAGCAGCUGAUCGAUUGCGCCAGUGAAGAAUAUGGCGCUUAUGGUUGUAGUGGAGGGACUUUGGAUGCGGGCUUUGGGUACAUCAGAGACCAAGGGAUCGAAGCUGAGGCAACUUACCCCUAUAGAAUGAGUGAGGAUGUGUGCCAAGCCAAUGAGACUCUUACUGAAGUCCGAAUCCAGAGUUUUGUGAACAUCGAAGAAAACAAUGAAGACGCCUUGUUGGCAGCAGUAGGCCUUAUUGGUCCGGUUUCUGUUGCUUUCGAUGCCUCUCAAUUCGACAUGCAAUUCUACAAGGAGGGAAUCUACGAAAGUUCGACCUGCAGUCAAACUGAACUGAACCACGGUGUUCUGAUCGUGGGUUAUGGCUCUUUAAAUGGCACUGACUACUGGAUUAUUAAAAAUUCUUGGGGACUUCACUUCGGCAUCGAAGGCUACAUGCUAAUGAAGCGGGGCGUCAAUCAGUGCGGCGUAGCUUUGGAUCCGAGCUACCCUGUUUUGUAACAUUUAAAUUUAUGUUUAAUAGGUAUGGAAUAAAACAGAGUUUUUCUACCACUA